AUGGCGGACAAUCUGAGCGCUUCGGCGUCAACUUCUCUCUCCAACGAAACCCAUCUCUUCUGCAACUCUCUCUCUCCUCCAAAUCUCCAUCAACCCAGAACCCAUAAAAAUCUCUUCUUUCCUCUCAAAAUCCACCCCUCGAACCCCAAUCUCCGCGUCUCCUCCAGAGUUUCAUUACAAGAACCACCCGCCGCGAACACACUGGCCGAAUCUUUAGAUUCCUGCGCCCGCGCCCCCGUCGAAGAGGAUGUUUCGAGCGUGUUGAAUAUUCUCGGAGAUGGAGUAUUGGAACAGGACGCAGUGAUUGUUCUGAACGGAAUGUCGAAUACCGAAACUGCCCCUCUGGUGCUCGAUUAUUUUCGGAAGAGGCUGAAGGUGAAGAGAGAAGUUGUGCUGUACAAUGUGACCAUGAAAGUAUUUCGAAAGUGCAAAGAUUUAAUCGGGGCGGAAAAUUUGUUCACUAAGAUGCUCGAAAAGGGGGUUAAGCCCGAUAACGUAACUUUCUCGACGCUGAUUAGCUGCGCUAGGCAGUGCUCGUUGCCCGAGAAGGAGGUCGAGUGGUUCGAGAAGAUGCCGUCGUUCGGGUGUGAGCCGGAUAAGGUGACUUGUUCGGUGAUGGUGGAUGCGUACGGGUAG